AUGUUAAUUUUGUAUCUUUCAGCAAUAUAUAGUAGUUUGGCAGACGCUUUAUCUUAUGAAUUUAAUGAAGAUUUUUCAAAAAUAAGUCAUUAUAUACGAACAAAAAUUGAUUGGUCACUUUCAUCUAAACGUUCACUUCUUCAUCACGUUCAAAGAGAUGUAUAUGAUAAUAAGGGUAAACUUGAUAAUAUCGCUAAUUUUGUAUUUGAUCCAACAUCAAAUAUAAAACAAAGCCGUCGUUUUCAUAUAUUUAUUCCAACAAUUGCUUCAAUUGAACGACAAUAUGGUUCUGGUGUUAGUGCAUUAUUUCAUCUUCAAAUUGGAUUUUUUUUUAUUAAUUUAUUAACAUUAAUUGUUUGGCUUGCAUUAAUCAUAAUUCCAUAUAAUAUUUUCACAUCGUCAACAACAUUUUCAAAUGUUACAUUUACAUUUUCAUCAAUAUUUACAACGAAAGGUUAUUUAUCUAAUUCAAUUUUUUUUCAAGGUUCUUAUCCUACAGGAGUAAUUGCUAAUAAAUAUAAUUUAUCACUUAUAUAUUUUAUAACAACAUAUAUUUAUUUUAUUAUUUGGUUUAUUUUUAUUACAAUACAUUUUGCAAUAACAUAUAAAAGAAAAGUAUUCGAUUCAAUAUUAGGUACAAAACUUGGCAUUGGAUUUAUGUGUACAUUUGCACGAUAUGACUAUACAAUUAAAUCUGAUAAAGAGAAACAAAAACAUAUAACAACUUUUCAAAGACAAUUUUUAGAUUUAAUUGAAAAUGAUGAAAGAAUUGAAUCGAGUCAUCGGAAUAAAUUUAAAACUUGUGGAUAUAAACUUACACUGAUUAUAAAGAAUUUACUUUAUAUUUUAUUAGCUAUUGGAUUAGGUAUUAUCAAUUGGUUAAUUUUAUCUUCUUGUAAUAAUCCAACUAUUGAUUGCACUGGUUCAAUUAUUUUUAUGGUUCUUAUCAACCGAUUAAUGCCAUAUUUUAUCACUAUUCUUACACAAAUUGAACAUUUCAAAUAUUUAGCAGAUAAAUUGAAUGCUGUUGGAUUUAGAUGUAUUGUCUUAAACAUAUGUAUGAUGUUAUCAUUUACCAUACAUUUUUUUGUUAAUGCACCUUCAUGUUAUGAAACAGCUUAUGGUCAAUAUAUCUAUAUGCUUUUGUUAUCAGAUUUAUUUGCAUCAUUGGUCUUUCCAAUAUUAUUUGGUCUUUUAUUUGAUUUAAUAUGUGGUAGAAAGAGUCGUAAUUUUGAUGGUAUUAAUCUUCAUGUUCAAUUAAGUCCACCUGUAUUACUCUAUAGUCAAUUUCUUAUAUGGCUUGGAAUUUAUUUUUCUCCUCUUAUAUCGAUAAUGGUGUUAAUAAAUAUUUUAUUUUCAUUUAUUUCUCAUCGUUUAUAUUUAUAUAUUCGUUCACUUCGUUCAAAUUCGUAUAAACGUGUUUUUAUUUGGAAUGCUCAUCGUCUUGAAUAUUUAAUAUAUUUAUUGGCUUAUUUUCUUUUAAUAGUAAGUGUAACAUGCUUUGUUGUAUUUACAACCCAAAUAAAACCAAGUGAAAAUUGUGGACCAUUUCGUCAAUGGAAUGCUUCAUAUCAAGUCAUUGAAAAUUUUUUGAAUGAAUAUCAAUCAUCUGUUUUAUGGAUAUCAAUUGUUAAUUUUCUAACAUCACCGGGUUUUAUUUAUUUUCUUGGUGUUACUUUUUUUGUUAUUGCUUAUAAAUUAAAACAUGAAGAAUUAGCUGAAAAACAACUUGUAUUCAUACGUGAUAGUAGUCUUGCAAAUAAAAAAAAAUUACGAGAAAAAGCAGUGAAAAAAUUACAUCAACAACAAAAGAAGAAAAAAGAAAAACGAAAAUCUGUUAAAAAAACAUCAAUUGAUAAUGACGAUGAUGUUGAAGAAAUCGAACGAUUUUAA